UAAGCUCCUCUGUGUCUCACCAAAAUAUUAUUAAUUGUCUCUAAUGGAGUUUCCUAUGAUAACCAAGUUUCACAUCCCAGUUGUGUCUUCUCUUGUGCUUUUAGUUUUAUCUGUUGCAACUACCGUAACUGCCGCAGAACAUUGUGAUUUUCCUGCAAUCUUUAACCUCGGAGCCUCAAACUCAGACACUGGUGGCUUGGCUGCUUCCCUUUUGGCAGUGCCGCCACCAUAUGGAGAGACCUAUUUUCAUACACCUGUUGGAAGGUUCUCUGAUGGCCGAAUCAUUCUUGAUUUCAUUGCACAGAGUUUUGGACUCCCUUAUAUCAGUCCAUAUCUUGAUUCACUAGGGACCAACUUCUCAACUGGAGCAAACUUUGCAACAGCAGGAUCCACAAUCAAACCCCUACAAGGUCAAUCUCAGCUUAAAUUCAGCCCUUUCAACCUAGGAAUUCAGUUCACACAAUUCAAACGUUUUAAAACCAAAACACAGUUGAUUAGAAAGCAAGGUGGGGUAUUUGCGACAUUGAUGCCCAAAGAAGAGUACUUUGCUAGAGCAUUAUACACAUUUGAUAUUGGUCAAAAUGACCUCACAGCUGGCUUUUUUAGUAACAUGACCCUACAGCAACUCAAUGCAUCUGUACCUGAUAUUGUCUCAACUUUCGCAUCAAAUAUCAAGAACAUCUACAACUUGGGUGCAAGAUCACUUUGGAUACACAACACAGGACCCCUUGGCUGCCUCCCUCAAAUUAUGACCAAUUUUCUAUCCGCUGAAAGAGAUGCUUAUGGUUGUGCAAAGCCAUAUAAUGAUGUGUGUCAGUAUUUUAACCAGAAUUUGAAGGAAGCCUUAGCUCAACUUCGUAAGGAGCUUCCUUUGGCUGCAAUCACAUAUGUAGAUAUCUUCUCUGCUAAGUACUCUCUUUUCAGCAACCCAAAGAAAUAUGGAUUUGAGCAACCACUUGUUAGUUGUUGUGGUUAUGGAGGGAAGUACAACUUCAGCAAUAGUGUUGGAUGUGGAGGAACCAUAAAGGUGAAUGGCACUGAUAUUUUCGUGGGUUCAUGUCCAAAACCAUCUGUUAGAGUGAUAUGGGAUGGGACCCACUUCACUGAAGCAGCCAACAAGGUUGUCUUUGAUCUAAUCUCUACUGGGGCUUUCAAUAUUCCACGCUUUCCCUUGAAAAUGGCAUGUCAAAGAAGCAUCAAAUUUUUCUAAUGAGCUUCAAAUGAUUAUCAUAGCCAUUUAUAUGUGAAAUAAUAAUGUGUCUCAAGUCCCCAACUUUAUUCAAAUAUCUCAUAGAAAUAUUGUUAGAUUAUGUUUUUGUUUCUUGCUCCGGAAAUCUAAUGCGGUAUUUGAAACGAAUUUAAAAUUGAUUUCAAAAUGAAAAUGAUAAAAAAAAAAUGGUGAUUGUUGAUUUAUUCCAAGAAGACAAUUAAAAUGAGAAAAAAAGAAAGAAAAAGAAUUUACCCUUUUGGAACCAAUGCUUUUCUGCAAACUU